AUGGUCCUGACGCUACCGACCGCGGUCCUUGGGAUCUUCACAGCCAUCGCCACAAUCGAUCGCGUCUGGAAACUGAUUCGUUAUUCACCAGAGUACCGCCCACUCAACUCGCCUCGGUAUGCUCUCGAUAUCUUCCAAUGGGGGUAUUUCCUCGUUCUGGUCAUUAUCUCCGCCCUGAUCACUUCUGCACUCGGUCGCGAAGAUAAGGAUCACGAUGACCACGAUUUCCAAAUCCGACUGAUGUCCCUGCCAGCAGCGGUGCUCAUGUACGUCGUCGCAACGCUGGCUCUACUAUCGUUGGCGCUCAACCGCAGCGGCUGGCAACUCCCCUUCCGCUUUGGUAGUGUCGAAGCUGGCAAGGUAGUACGACCAGCUGUCUACUACAUCGUCGAAGACGUCGUGGCGGUGGACGGAGGCGGCGGCAUUGAAUACCGCAAAGCGUUUGGCGCAAGGUACGACAGCAGCCGGGUAUUCCGCCAGAUGAUAUUCGAUUUGAGUCUGGUAUGGAUGCUGUAUUUCUACGUCUUCGCCAUCCUGUUCACCAUACUGGUAUUUACUCUGCCGAAAGCUGCUGUCUAUGCGGUUGGGUGGGCUGGCCCGUUUCCGUUAGCUGGUCUAAUGGCGGUAUGGACGACGUUCUAUGUCAGAGAGAAGUUGCGAGAAGAACGGGAGAACUUGCAGGACGAUGAGAGGGCGCCUUUACUGGGAUGA